AACGCAGUUGUUAUCUCUCAAUUUUCCCGUCUGUGUAUUAUAAAAUAAUGAGCCGACAUCCUACUAUCAAGUGGGCUCAGAGGUCUGACAAGUUGUUUAUUACGGUGGAGUUACCAGAUGCCAAGAAUGUGAAGCUGAAACUGGAACCAGAAGGAAAAUUCUUAUUCUCUGCAACUGCAGGAGCUGAUAAUGUACCUUAUGAAGUGGAUCUUGAUCUGUUUGAUAAAAUUAAUGUUGAUGAGAGCAAAAGUAGUACUACCUCUAGAAGUAUCGUGUAUCUAGUGAAGAAGGCGGAAGACAAGUGGUGGAGCAGACUGGUAAAGCAGGAGGGAUUACGUCCGGUGUUUUUGAAAGUUGAUUGGGACAAAUGGGUUGAUGAAGAUGAAGAAGACAGUAAACCUGAGCCAGAUAUGGAUUUUGGUGACAUGGACUUCUCGAAACUCAAUAUGGGAGAAGGUCCUAGCAAUUUUGAUGUUGAUGUGCCUGAGGGCGAUGAUGACAGUGACACUGAAGAAAUUGAGGAAGAAGAGAACUCUGAACCCAAGGCAGCAGUGCCUCCAAGCACCGAACCCGGAGUGAAAGCUUGACGCAUUCCAGUGUUUGUAACAUUGAAAACUUUUUAACUGCUUGCUUGAGUUUGAGUGUGGUACAUUCUUCUAGCAAUGGUUAGAGCUGUAGUGCAGGAAAUGUUUGAUGAUCAGUUCAUGAUAUAUUUGAAGGAUCUGAAAGGGCUGGUGUCCUCAUUGAACUUUGUUAUCAUGUACUGCACAUUACAUAUGAUUUCUCAAACAUAUAUAAAAACUAUGUAAUACUGGCUAGUGCAGUGCAACGUUCAGUUUGCACAAUAACAUGUGGAAAUCCAUGUUAUCCUUAUAAGA